AUGAUUUGGAAAACUCUUUUAGGCCUUGCAGCCACUUUGGCUUACAUUUUUCCAGCUCUUGGUGCCCCGAGUUCCGGGCUAGGGCUUGCUAGUCGAUCAACGGACAAAUAUGUGUUCGCUCAUUUUAUGGUCGGCAUUGUGGAGAACUACCAGCUGGCAGAUUGGAAAGAGGACAUGAUCGCUGCACAAUCCAUUGGCAUUGAUGCAUUCGCCCUAAAUUGCGCCAGCAUAGACAGCUACACGCCAACCCAACUGGCUUUAGCCUACGAAGCCGCCGAGCAAGUCGGCUUCAAAGUUUUCAUCUCCUUCGACUUUGCCUAUUGGAACAACGGGGACACCGCAAAGAUCACUGCGUACAUGCAGCAGUACGCAGGCCACCCUGCACAGAUGCAGUAUAGAGGUGGCGCGGUGGUAAGUACGUUUGUUGGAGACUCUUUCAACUGGGAUCCAGUGAAGCAGGGCACGUCGCACCCGAUUUAUCCCCUACCAAAUCUCCAAGAUCCAGCUGAAGCCUCGACGGUUGCUGCUAAGAGUGCCAAUGGUGCAUUUUCUUGGUUGGCUUGGCCUACAGAUGGAGGCAAUAGCAUUAUCCCCGGGCCGAUGACAACUGUGUGGGAUGAUAGAUUUUUCCAUUUCCUGGCUGGGAAAACAUACAUGGCUCCUGUUUCGCCUUGGUUUGCUACCCACUUCAAUUCCAAAAAUUGGGUGUUCAUUUGCGAAAACUUGCCAACAUUGCGCUGGGAGCAAAUGCUUUCUCUUCAACCAGACCUAGUUGAGAUAAUUUCAUGGAACGACUAUGGCGAAUCACACUAUAUCGGCCCAUACUCCGCACACCACAGCGACGACGGAUCCUCUCAGUGGGCAAAAGACAUGCCCCAUGACGCUUGGCGUGAGUUGUACAAGCCUUACAUAGCGGCCUACAAAUCGGGCGCAAAGACACCCACCGUCGAAGAGGAUAAACUCGUAUACUGGUAUCGCCCUACCCCCAAGGGAGUAGUGUGCACAGGCGAUUCUCUUGGAGCGCCAAACGGUAUAAGCAUGCUCAGCGACAGCAUCUUUGUCGCAACCAUGUUGACGAGUCCGGCCACCUUGACAGUGCAUAGUGGCAACAAUGCACCCGUUAAAAUCACUGUUCCUGCGGGAAUUGUAACAUCGAAUGUGAGCAUGGGUGUUGGUGCACAGUCAUUCACGGUGACUCGUGAUGGAAAGACUAUUUUGAGUGGCCAGGGUGGUUUGGAUGUUCGAGACAGCUGCACUCAUUAUAACUUCAAUGUCUAUGUUGGAUCGAUCAGUGAGUAG